CGCAUACACACAGAUACAUGUACACAGACACAUGUAAACACACACAUACAUGUACAUACACGCAGACACAUGUACAGAUACACACAUGUACAUACACACAGACACAUGUACAUGCAUACACAGACAUACACAAACAUGUACACACAUGCACACAUGCUGUUAAGUGCUCUAUCCUCUUCCCUGAAGCCACUACAGCCCUACAAAAAGUUGCAGUACUUUGUUGUUCACUCACAGAGCCGGGUACUGCACUCUAGGGGGAGGCAGAGAGCACAGCACACACUCCUUCCUUUGCUUUCACUGU